CGCGGGUAGGAAAUCUCCUAAAUAUACCAAACGCCUGUUGCAGCGCCAAAAGUCGCGACAUAUCAAUUAAAAAGUUUGAUAAUACGCUUAAAAUGUGUGGAGGCAAGCUAAAUCCUAGGGAAUCUGGAGCCCAUAUCGUAGAGCACGCCAAACAUGUUCGUGUUCUGCCCGCCGGCAUUGAAAAACUAACCCAGGAGAUCGUAAAAGGCCUAAAGGAAAAGCGCAUCGCUGUGGAGAACUUUUCGCAGCAUGAAUUGCAUCCUAAUCCCAACUCAAAUCUGGCAGCCGAUUGGGUUUUUGUGCUGGACACCCUCAACUUUUGCUUCUGGACACCCAAUAACUACACCAAAUAUAAAGUCGAUGGCUACACCGGGUACUUUGCUCUAUGUGCCGCUGUUAAAAGAGCCAUUAAAGAAAACGUGGAUGUGAUUAAUCCCAAGUUCUAUUCCGAGAUUGAUCUCAAGACGCUGGAGAGCAUCUUCCGUUCUGACGAUGGGGAAACCGAGAUUCCCCUGAUCCAAAAGCGCCUGGAGUCGCUUCACGAAGUGGGAAAAGUUUUAAUCGAAAAGUACGAAGGUAGUUUCGAAAAUGUCAUCAAAAAGGCGGACAAAUCAGCGGUGCGCCUGCUGAAUCUCAUGGUUGAGGAGUUUCCCUGCUUCCGCGACGAAGCGGAAUUCGCUGGGCAGAGAGUUUCCAUCUUGAAGCGAGCCCAAAUCCUGGUGGGCGACGUGUGGUCCUGCUACAGAGGACAAGGACUUGGCUACUUCGAGGACAUCGAUCAGAUCACCAUGUUUGCCGACUAUCGGAUUCCCCAGGUCCUAGUGCACUUUGGCAGUUUGGAGUACACCAACGAGCUAAUGGAGUUCCUCAAGUCGGAUACCAUUCUGGAGAACGGCGAUCCACGCGAGGUGGAGAUACGCGGCGCAUCCAUAUACAUCAUAGAACAAGUGAGGGAUGCUGUGGUCAAGAUACUCAAGGAGCAGCACACCGAAAUCUCGCUCGACAACGUGAACUCCAUUGUGAUCGAUCAGUAUCUGUGGGACUACCGGCGUCAGCACAAUGCCGAUUUGGAGCACAUUCCCUUCCACAAGGUGCUGAGCAUCUACUACUAGAGUGAGCACACAAAUAAAGACGGAUGUUUGUUAAA